AGCUCCUGUUCAUGCUGCUUGGCUACCUACCCACCCAACGUCCGUCCCCCAUCGAAGUGGAAGUGGAAGUGGAAGUGGAGUGGCUAACGUCCAAAACCAAAAGUAAGGUCGCGUCGCGUGCACGGAACACGCCUCCGCUUAUCACAAGAACAUCUCUCCCACUUCGUGUCUGACCUUUAAUUUAUCGUCGCCCUCGAGAUUUUGCUGUCUUUACGAUACCUGACUCCAUCGCUCUGAAAUUACCAUACUGGCGCUGCCUCCACCGGUGCUGGUAUUGCAGUGGUCAGGUCUUUGCUACAGCAAGCGCAUGCGAUGCGGUGUUAGGACAAUUACGCACCCCAAAUUUCGUAUCCCAGCAACUCCAAUAAUCACAACACACCGUCUGCCGAAGCAUUCUUAUUGAGUUCGCUCCUAGGCCCUCCAGCUCCUUCAAAAGAAGAAUUCAAUUGGCGGUUUUUGUAUAGCGCAUGAUGGCGCGUCGUCGGCGCGUCGAGAAGCCUGCCCAAGUGGAGGAGGAGGAGGAAGUCGUUGAGCGGGAAGAUGAGCAAGACCAAGAAGAAGAACAGCACGAAGAGCGCGACCAUGACUCAGAGAAUGAGGAGGAGGGCGAGCAACGCAGCUUGACUUUCGACGAAGAAAUUUCCUGGAAACCCGCCAAGCCAAUUCCUACGAGCACUCUGAUAAAACGACUCGACAAAUUAUCCAAGGAGCUCUCCGAUCUCGAUCAAGGUGCCGCCGACCUGGACUCCAUCAGAGAUGUGGCCAAACAAUUGGGACACCGUAACCUACUUCAGCACAAGGAUGGCGGUGUCAAGGCAUACACAGCAUGCUGCCUAGUCGAUAUUCUUCGACUCUUCGUUCCCGAUGCUCCUUUUACCGACGACCAGAUCAAAAUGAUAUUCACCUUGUUCAUCAAGGAUAUCCUACCGGCUCUGCACGAUCCCACAAAUCCAUAUGACAGCCAGCAUAAAUACGUUUUGGCAUCUCUUACGGAAGUCAAGAGUAUUUUACUCCUCCACCAAAUCUCCAACGCUGACGAUCUACUGUUACGACUCUUCAACAGCACAUUUGACGGAGUAUCGGCAUCUGGUUCUAAGGCAGCAUCUGAGGAACAGGUCGCUAAAGACGUUGAGAUUCACCUGACAGAAAUGCUAAUGCAGUUGAUUGACGAGGCCGAGAGUGUGUCGGCUUCUGUUGUCGACGCGAUUAUCAGUCAGUUUCUGAGAGCUGCUCCUCCCGGUGGAAAUCGACAUAAAGGACAGAACGGGAAUCAAUCCACUCUUCUUCUCAAGGAAGAACCACCAGCAUAUGUCAUGGCGAAAAAUAUAUGCAAUGGAUGUUCCGAUAAAAUGGCACGUUACGUGAGUCAAUACUUCAGUGACGUUAUUCUUAACGCUUCCGGCUUCGCUACCAAAUCCAAUGGGCAGCGACAUGCGGAUGAUUCUGAUGAUGAAGACGGGACUCUGGGCCCAUCAGAGGCAGAUCUGAGGAGUCUCCGCCAAGCCCAUCUACUCAUUCGCGAACUGUGGCGAGCCGCCCCGACAGUUCUUUCCAACGUGGUACCGCAGCUCGAUGCUGAGCUUUCAGCCGACAAUGUGCAUCUUCGUCAAAUCGCCACAGAGACGAUUGGCGACAUGGUUUCAGGCAUUGGUGCAGCGGGACCACCACCUCCUCCUUCGUUGGAACCAGCGGCUUAUCCUCCCAUAAAAUUACUGGACGACACUCCACCCCCAGCCGUCGAGAACGUCUUGACAAAACCUUACUCACCUCAGUCUUUUGCUCAAAUACAUCAUGCCGCGUAUCGCAACUUCGUUGGGAGAAAGAAUGACAAGGCCGCCAUCAUUCGUGCGGCUUGGAUCUCUGCUGCUGGUUAUAUAUUGGCCACGUCUGCAGGGGGCAUUGGUCUUAGCCGCGAAGAGGAGAACGAGCUCAUCAAGGCACUCUACGAAAAGCUCAAUGACAGCGAAGAGAAAGUUCGGCUGGCUGCGGUACAAGCAGUCGAGCUGUUUGACUUCCGCGACAUCGUUCUGAAACUUGGAGCUCUCGGAGGCGUAGAGAAGACUGGCUCAAUAUUUGCCAGCUUGGCGGAUCGAUCUCGUGAUAAGAAGCCCGCCGUACGUGUUGAAGCCAUGGUUCUACUGGCAAAGUUGUGGUCAGUUGGUGCUGGGGAAAUUGCUGAUGGACAAGAGGCUGUCAUAUCCUGCUUAGGUGGUGUGCCUUCCCGCAUCCUCAGUGUGUGGUAUAUCGGCGAUGAGGAUCUCAUCAUUCUUCUUGAACGGGUCAUGUUCGAGUGUUUGGUCCCUUUGAAGUAUCCCUUCAUAAAGGGCGUAAAAUCAAAGGCGGCCUCUCAGUCGCAGACGGCCAAUAGCCAGGCGGAUCAGGACAAAAUUCGCGCAGAGAGGAUCCUACUGUUGCUUAAGUCACUGGAUGCGUCUGCCAAGAGGGCUUUUUUCAUUAUGCAGGCCCGUCAGCCCCAGGUUGCCAAGGGAGUUGAAGUAUUCAUUCAGCAAUGUGAAGCCUAUAACGGGGGGGUGAUCAAUGCAAACGAGGAAAAGGUCAAAGCCGCCUUGAGCAAGACCUUCCAGUGGUUCGGUGCGUUUUUCCCGGAUCCGCUCAAGGUCCGUAGCGAUCUCCAGAAGUUCGCGAAACUCAACGAUCGCCGUUGUUACCAGCUUCUCAAGUUUAUUAUUGCAUCCGAUACCGAAUAUCUACAUGUCCGAAGAGCCAUCAAGGAGUUGAUUGCCAAGGUCCAAGGUAACCCAGGGUCAGCGAGCUGUUUGGAUACCCUCAUCCCUCUAAUUUACCGGGCUGGCUCUUUGAUGUAUAAUCGGAGUCACUUGGCUACAAUCAUGGACUACUCCAAGAAUGACAAAGCUGGAUUCUCUACAGUUGCCCAUGAGAUCUUGAAUGAUAUAUCACAGCGAAAUCCUGCGCUUUUCAAGGCUCAUUCGGACAAUCUCAGAAAGGAGAUCAUCAGCCAAGCACCGUCAGGCAGCCAGCCUAACGAGCCCGCCGUGGUGGAUAUUCUCAAGGCAUACUCGUCCUAUUCCAAAAGAUAUCCCCAGGAGAUUACCUAUGACAAGAAGUUCAUUCAGGUUCUUAUGGAUUACGCCUUAUGUGGGGUUCCUGCCAGAAGUGCCAAGUAUGCCGUCAACAUUCUGCUUGCUAAGAACGAUGACAAGAGUAAAGUUACCGCCACCGCUCUUCUGCAAAGAAUCAUGAAGGACUUCAAGUAUGGCUCGCCGAAUUUCUUGACAAGAUUGGCUGCAGUCAGCCAGCUUGAACGUCUAGCACCAACAGUCACUCUAGACUUUGAUGAGACAAUCAACGACUUGACAAUCAAGCAAAUUCUGCGUCAAGUCCGUACUAAUGACAAGAACCCUGAGGUUUCCUGGGUCGAGGAUGAGGACAUGAAUGAGGAACUACAAGCAAAAUGUCUUGCCAUGAGGACACUGGUCAAUCAAGCGCUCGCGAAUCAGGACGACGAUGACUCCCUGACUCGAGUGAAACUGGUCUUUAAACUCCUGAAAGAAUUUGUGGUGCAAGAAGGAGAGUUUUGCAAAGUCAAGGAUACUCCAUUGGCUCACAAAAAACGACUCAGACUUCUUGCUGGACUUCUGAUCCUGAAACUAUGUACUGUCAAAAAAUACGAUGACGAGUUUGAUCCCGCUAGCUUCAACAAGCUUGCAGAGCUCGUGCAAGACACAGAACUUGAGGUUCGUCGUCAUUUCAUGGAGAAAUUACAAAGCUACAUCACUCAAGGAAGAUUACGGGCGAGAUUUUACACAAUGCUCUUCUUGGCUGCUUUCGAGCCAGCAGCAGAACUCAAAAGCCGGGUAGAAACCUGGUUGAGAUCCAGAGCCCGACUCUUUGCUCAAAACAGGGCUCACGUACUCGAGGCCAUGAUUAGUCGCUUCAUUCCUCUACUGGCUCACCAUCCUGACUACAGCUCUGACGUUGAUGACCUGGCUGAUUUCGCCAACUAUUUCGUCUUUUAUCUUAAUACUUGUGCAACAGAAGAGAACAUUUCAUUGAUCUACAAGUACGCUGAGCGUGUCAAGCAAACGCGCGAUGCACUGAACCCCGAGGCUAGUGAGCGGAUAUAUGUGCUGGCUGAUAUCGCAAUGGCAGUCACACGCAAGUGGCAAGAGAGGAAAAACUGGGUUUUCCAGGCUUAUUCGGGCAAUGUCGGCCUGCCAAGCGGUCUUGUGCAAAGCUUGCCGUCGAGUAGCGUUGCCCAUGAGAUUGCCCAGAAGCAAUAUAUGCCAGAAGAGCUGGACGAGAAGUUGGACGAACUGCUCAAAGCUGCCGAUCGCAAGAAGAAACGAAAAUCAACGGGAGAAAAGCAGGAUCCUCCAGCAAAGAGGGUGAGAACUCAAGUCAAGACAGCCAUCCGAGAGAAGCGUGAUAGCAGGCCCAAAAAGGUCCCGAAACCUAAGAAAUCCAAGCCAGUCAAAGACACACCACCGCCUUCAGAACGUCGUCGCAGUGGUAGAGCUCAUAAGGUGUCUGUCUAUACAGAGCGAGAAGACGAAGAAGACGAGGAGGAGAUGCUGGAGGGCGUGGCCGACUGGGAAUAUCCAGAAAAUGAUAGUGAAGGUGGCGAGGCCAGUUCAGGCGACGAUGAAUCAGAGCUUUCGGAUGCCCCCCCAGAGGAAGACGAUGAAGAUGACAAUAAUAAGGCAUCGGACAACGACGAGCCUCCAGAACCGGAAGCGGAUAAGCCUGGAGAACCCAGAUUCAACGGAAGAAACGCAGCUCCAGCACUGAAGAGCAGGGGUGCGUCUAAGCCACCUGUCAAGGCCAGUGUUCUUGCAGAGGUAAAGCGACCAACGAGGUCAACGAGGUCACGACGGGGCAAGGGCACAGACGAUAUGGAAAUUGAUGCUGACGAGUAAUCAAGGGGCCAAGUACCAUGGUCGGGAUUACAGGAUGCCAAUAUUUUGAAAUCAUGCCUCUUCUAUUAUUAUUGGGUCUGAUAUUUCUCUCUUAUAUAGGUACAAGAGUGGUGACAAAGCUGAUGAGAUUUGGGGAGUCCGUUUGGCUUCUAUCAUACAGGGAAGGGAGUCUUUGGUUUGUGGGUAAUUGUCUUGUCGUAUACCCUCUCAUACGGGACUCUAGCAAUAGCAUUUCGUUUUCAUGACAUUUCAAUCUCGAUUUACAAGUCAUGAGCGACCUCAGACUCAUAUUGUAUGUACCUAAAAGGCCAGUCCUGUACAUGUCAGGUAUGGAAAACAUGUAAGCAAACGCUCUGAUAUUGAUAUUUCACUCCCUGUCCUAGCCCAGCUGUACAGCGCCUAGUUCUCCCGUAGACUCCAAAAUGAAUAAUAGACCAACCUGGAGGGAGGAAGAGACAGCUGUUCGUUUCGUCGGUUCCUCAUGACCCCGUCAUUCCCUUCUGUGCUCACAGAACUCGAGGCUUUAUGUACAAAACAAUGAUGAAAAUCCACCAGUCACUAACUCUCUGUCUUUGAAACUGAAAAUCCUGAUGCAAAGUAAAUUUGAAAAGAACCAAGAACGCCCCUUUGUCAUCGAGCAAGAUGCAGCCCAAGAGAACAAGGCCGGGUAGUAAGGUAUACAUAGAGUGGCGAAAUCUCUGUUUCACAUGCUGCUUGAGAAGCGCCCGCGUAAUAAAUCGGAAACUCAAGGAUUGGCCUCCCUCGCCACGCGCUUAGCAACAGCAUUCUUGUGCCCUGAAAAUUCGAGAUGGGUCUCAAACUUCUUAACCGUCAUAUCUGGGCCAGGUGUAUAGAGCUUAGUUGUACAGUCCAGGCAGCGGAUACGCGGCAGCCAGGCAUAUUUGACACCUUCGGGCAGAGGCUGGCCUUGGAUAGGUAGCUCUGUCACGGGGUGCAGAUAGGAGUAUUUCAUCGUGGCCUCGAACCUGUCGCCACGGUUAUAGGUCUUCUCUAAUUCCUUGAGGGCAUUGACAAGCCACUCAGGGGCCGGGGGCUGGAGAAGCAUUGCAGUCAGUACCACUGUCGAUGUGCGUAUUAUUCAAAGGCUUGGUGACCUACUGAUGGCAUGUGAGAAGACUGUCCAGGAACUGUCGGAGGGGCCGGUAAUCGGCCAAGUUGACCUGGCGGAAGGGACGAGGAUGGAGUUGCUGAAGCGUGAGGCAUAGCGCUGGACGGGGUCGAAGGUGGCGGUGGCAUGGAUCUUGAGGGAGUGGAGGCGCUGGGUGCUCGUGGGAAGGACACUGGUGUCUGGGAUGGCGGCCUCAAGUCUGAGUAGUCGCGGUUCAUCAACCGCCUCAGCUUGUCGCGGGAGAGCUUGAGUGUCACGAUCAAAUGCGACGGCUCUUCUGUUUCCUCUCUGAACCGGCGGGAGGUCCUGGUCUCGUGGUGAUGUGUGAUGGCACUUGAUUCAGGGGUUUCAGACCGGCCGAGGUUGGCCAUUCUUUGCUGAGCUGCAGAUGCAGCACCGCGCAUACCUCGUGUUCGAGCAGUACCACCCGUGAUUUGUGAGGGGGCGGGUGAAUCAGGAGCUGAAUCGUCGCUAUCAUCUGAAUCUGAGAUCUCUCCAUCACGUACAACGCGCUUCGCCCUGGGGCCAGCAGCCCUUUUGUAGAGUCUACUCUCGUCAAUGGUAGCUGCAGCCCCAGGCAAAACAGAAGAGACGACCAACGUUCGAAUGGUUCUUUGCCUUUCUCUGAGAUCGGGCAGCUGGGGACCUCCUCUUCUGUUGAUCGAUCUCUUCUGGCGACGCUGCUCACGGGAGAAUAUCGUCUCGUUCCGCUCCAGAUCGGCUUCGCUGAGUUCGUAGAGAUAUGGUGCGUAUUCCUUGGCCUGCUGCUGCGGUCGGAAGACAGUGGGGAGAGGUGUCUGGAGGAAUGCGCCGACGAGAUCAGGGUCUUCGACUGGUCGACCAUCGAAAGGAUGGCCAACGCUGUACAAACUUCUGGUAAAAAGUUGUGUCUGCUCUCGAAUACAGUGUGCGAUGGCGGUUGUAAAUUCGCCAGAUAGGGACAGAUCCCGAGCCAUAUUGGCAGCAAAGUCCUCUGGCGAGUUUGACGGGUUAUUGAUUUCCCAUUCGAACUGGUCAACAAGGGUAUGCUGGCCAAUCGUAAUAUUCAGCUUGACGAGGAUUCGCAUCUCGUCGUUUUUGUAUGCUGAAUAGGGGAGCUCGGGGUCAAGCGCAUCAUCUUCUGAAUAUACCAACGGGUAAAAGUCAUUGAGCUGCUCCCGCAUUUGAUGCACGACCUGCUCGUAUACCGGUUGAGACGCGGGGGGCUUUAGACCCAUAUCUUCAACAAGUUGCGCGGCGAACAAUUCGACCUGCAGAAGCCUCUCGUGCAAGUUCCAGGUAAAAGUAUCGCGCAGCUUGAUCUUAUCCCACUCAACCUCUAAACGCAACGGGACCAGCUCCUCGUGCUGCUCGGCCUGCUUCAACAUAUCCUUGCGCUUGUACUUGAGGGGUGGCGUCGUUCGUUGGCCAGGUCGGGGCUUCUGGGAGGGAUAGAUGAUUCGUGAGGGUCCUUGGUUCUCUGUGUAUCCAUUGGCGAAGCCAUUGUAGCCCUCUCCGUAGAGCCUCGACGGGGGGAACCAUUGACGAUACUCGGUGCGGACCUGGCGGUAUUCUUGGAUCUUGUCGCGCGUGUCGCUCAUUAUCUUGCGUGUCUGGUCGAGCUGACCGCCGAGCGCCGCGGCGGCGAUGGCAUCGCGGGUGAUGUACCGCUCGACCAUGAGUUUAUCGAAGGACUCCUUCGUGCGCACUGGCAUAUUACUGGGAGAGUUUGAGGAGGACACAUCCUUAUCUGCGCCUGUGGCAGCCGAGCCCGUGGCCGGCGCCGAAGACGUUGACGCGGAGGGCUGAGCGGCCAUGUUCAGACGGUAACGGGGCGCGGAUCGCGGUCGCGGGUCGCGGCGCAGCGGAACUGCCGCGUUGGAAAGGAAACAAGCGAGAGUUUACAACUUUUUGUGUUCAGUACGCGGCGGAUAGUUCGAUGUCUUAUCUGAGUGUUGUCCUUGGCCGGUGGAAUCGGCGUUGUUGGGUGAAAGGCUAAAGGUUAAAAAGCGCGAGGCGACAAGGCUUGACGAUUUGGCAAGUUC